AUGUCUUUUUGCUUCGUAACACCGGCUCAAGCACGUUCGGUUGAAUACUUUGUGCAGUGUACCUCGGGGGGGAAUAUGGGACAAUGGACUUGCAAGCUCUGUACUGGUCGAACAUUCGCUGACAUAACCAAGCACAGCAAAUUAAAGACUCACAUCGACCGAGUCCGCGUGGAGCUGGAAAGCCGAUCAGUCACUGUGCCUCCUCCAGGUUUAGCCUCCCGCGCCUCUCAUGGCACCUUGGCCAACAGAGGCGCAGAUCCUUCUGCCACUGUCCAUGAAGAUGCCGAUGCCGGGCUUCCCGGCAUCGGCAUAUUCGACGACGGCAUCGAAGCUACCCACACCCACGACCUAUUGGAUGAGCCCAACGGGUCAUCCGAUGAGCUUGAUUCCCUCUACGGCUCCUCCCCUCCAAAAGAUGUGGACUUCCCCGAAUCAGAUUCCAGUGUGGACCUACACGACCUCCUUGAUGGCACUUCCAAUUCAGACACAUCCUCCACCGCACCCCUUCCCGAGGAUGAACAAAGAGCGCUCACGGACGCUUGGCUACCCUGGUACCCUCUUCGAAAGAAAGAGCAUGCUGCCGCGAUGAUGAUGUUGGGCACGGGGCGUAACCUAAUGUCCACUGCAGAAUAUACACGUAUACGCACUAUCCUGAGAAACAUCCUAGACGUCUUUCUACCCGACCUUGGUACACGCGCAACCGCCUCCACCCGUCUCCGUGCCAUGUUCAAAGAGAAAGUGAUCCGACAAGGGCUAGGGCAGCACUUACCAAGCGCUUUUGGACCUAAGCACACAGUCAAGGUUUCAUUCCCAAAAGGCACGGCCGGUAGUGAUGAACCCCCACGUGAGCUCUUGAGCAAGUGGCCCAAUGAAAAGUGGAAGAAGGCGUUACAGGUCACCCUCGAAAGCGGGCAAAAAGCGCUCGAAGGCACAUUUAUUCUAGUUGAUUUCAACCCGGCACCCACCAGGCCUAUAUGUGUUGGAAGAGUCAGUGCGAUUUGGCAACAGGUUGGAUCCAUGGAUGUUGCUCUCCAAGUGAAAAAGUGCAAACUUAUACCAGGACUCGACCCAUUUUAUGGUAUGAGAGAACUUCAAGAGACCUCAGGUCACACUUGGAUUUGCACCCAACGAUUGGAAGCAAAGAACAAACGCCCAGAAGUGACACACAAGGCCUGUAAUUCAUUCAUAUUAAAUGCCGGUGCUCAUUACUCGGCAGAAUUCCACCGAAACGUCACCGGCGCUGUGUGGUCUGCCCUCACCGCCGACGAAUGGAAGGGGUCCAUCACCGAAGGGCUUUCUGUGUGGUACAAACGUUGUCCACCAAAAGAUAUCGACAUGGAUGGUUCCGAUGAAGCACACCCCGAGGAUGAUGACCCUCUGUAUUGUCCUUUCGUUUAUCCUGGAACUAUACGUUAUUCUUUCAACAGUUACACCCUUGAACACGCAGUCACCUUGAUCUCGUUUGGCGCAAUGAGCGAUUGGGAUGAUCUGUUUGGCGAAGAAAUGAAUGUUGACAAGGACGAUUUGGGCGCCCAGCAACCAAGGGAAACAACUCAAUUGAGACCGUCAAAUAGCGCGAUGUCGAUUACGGCUACGGCUGACUCCCCCCAGACCGCUCCUGCCACUCUCUUCCGUCCACCACUGCAACGAAACCCACCGGCCUCAGCGUCGUCACGCGCCUCAGCAUCACGCGCCAGUGUUAAGAAGUAUGCUGACCUUUUGAAACUCACAAAGGAGAACCAAGAGGUUUUGCAGAAGAUGAUCGACAACACACUCCCCGGCGAAGAAUAUUUGGGUACGCUGUCCUACCUCGUCUUUGCGUGUCAAGAAUCAAAAGGCCUUUCUGGUCCAAAGUGGGUACCCGGAAAGGUGAUCCGGGACGCUUUCAAAGACGUGGUGGCCGAAAUCAUAUUUCGCCCGGACCUUCAGGCGUACAGCAAAACUGUUGCUGAUGAUCACACCACCAUGGUUCAAAGUUUGGAGGUACUCACUUUUAAGUACCUCAAAGGUCUCAAGGCCGAAUAUAUUGAUGAGCAUGGCCCUGGUGAUUAUAUCGCGGGUGAGGCAUGUAUUCCUACAACGGCGAUGUACUUAUUCAUCAAGGACACGUUGAAGAAUCAGCGCAGCAAGGUGCGCUCCGCGCUCCUCCACAACAUCCUGGGCGUUCCAGAGGGAAGUAUACUCAAGGUACCCGCUGCCAAAUCGAUGGCACUCCAGGUCGGCCGAAUGUUUAUACCCGAGGUACGAGCUCUGGAUGACUCUGAUGCGUUGGCAAAAUUGGGGCGGGCUAAGGUCAAACGGAUUAUGUUCAUGCGAUAUGUCACCGUGUACUACUACCUCAACCAAACAGAAAACAAGAAGCGCUGUCAAUGGACGCUGAUGGACGAAGUGCUGGCUGACCUUCGCGCCAGGCCCGCGAGCGAUGCGUCUUUGUACUUUGCUCAAAUUGCGCGUUAUGACCGAGAGGCAUUUACUGGCCAGCGGACUUGGUCCACAAUCAAAGCUUCCGGCCUCCCAGCACCCUUUGUCGAUCAGGUUUUAGUGGCCGGACAAGGCAACAAUAACGCGCUUGCAAGUGCCGCGGGUAAUGAUAAUCAGGUUGGGAGCAGUGGGUCUGGUUUUCAGGGUCUGGAGGAGGCGGCUGUGGAGGAGGAAGAACAAAACCCUUCUCACCUGGAUUAA